GGACGUAGGACUCUCGUACCGGUGUUCUCUUAGGGCGGAGUUUCUUUUCUUUCCUCGUGUAUCGUAUUUGAGUAUUACUUACGUGCGUGGAUAAAGAACACACUACGUAUAUACGUAUAUGUAUACAUAUAAUUACACAAACACAAAACGCAACAUUGAUGACGAACGAUGAGCGAAAAAGUGAGAGUGAUGAUCUUAACCACGUUCGGCCGGCAACUCGGCUAUUGUGUGAAUCAACAACGGCGACAAUACGAUCGUUCGUGAAGCUUAGCUUAGCAAAGCUUUUUGAAGAGAAGGCGUAGGAGAAAGAAAGAGAGAGAUAGAGAUUCGGAAGAUCGUCGUGGGAGAAAGAAAAGAGGGGAAAGGAAAGGAGAGGAGAGGAGAGGAAGUGUACAAGUGGGGGAGGUGUUGUUCCCAGUGAAGUAGAAGAAAUAGAAGUAGAAAUAGAAGAGGAACGAACAAUAAUAAGAAGAAAAAGAUAAAUAUAAAGAUAAAAGAAAAGGAAGAUGUCUACGGAAAAUCAACAAAACGGUUCAGCAGGUCCGACGCAAAGCAACGGUCUUAAAUCUGCUACCAUCAACGUUACCGGUAAUACCAGGACGAUACCAAACAACUCGUCUUUCCUCUAUAGCAGUAAUUCGAUGUUGAAUCGAGAUAAACCACGGCAAGUGCCGCCUCCGACUUUACCGAAAUACACGUCGAGUUUCAACGCGGGAUCGAACGGCAGUGGCGCCGCCGAGAGAUUGAGCAGAGACAGAGAGGCUGGGGGUAGUUACAGGCUGGCAAGCCUCGAAAGACUCGCCCUCAGGCAGAGGAUACUCGAUGGAGAAAAGGCCAACGGCGAUGCCACAUCGAUACAGGCGAAGCGCGAGCUGUUCUUCAAAGGUGACAGCACGGGCAUAAUCUCAUCGCCUUCGGUGCCCUCAGUUCCACCACCUCAACCACCAGGCCAAGCUUCGGCAUCGUCGUUAACGACUACGAGUGGCAAUACAACGACUAGCAUCAGUACGACGACAAGUAACAACAGCAGUGGCACAACGAACCUUGUUAAUUCGACUAGUACGAACGUCAACAGUAGUAAUAACAAUAAUAACAACAACAACAGUACGUCGGUCCAAUCGACAGCUUCCAUAUCCUCCUCAUCCUCGUCUUCUUUGAGCACGACGGCAAGCAUUUACACUGGUGGUGUUAGUGCAAGUCAUGCGAGUCAUGGGACGAGCUCUAUACCGCCAACAGCGAAGAUGCGUUUGCCUCUCUCAUCCUCCUCCUCCUCUUCGACCUCCACCUCCACAUCUUUAUCGUCCACGACGACCUCAGGCAACAAUCCCAACCUUACCUCGGCCUCGGCCCUGAUACUCAAUCAGAACAACGAUCCUUCCGAGGAUAGCAACAAAAGAGAAUCGGCAAGGAGCAACGAGUCCAAGGAUUCAUCAUCUAACGCCAUACAUCAUCGACCGCUUCAACCGUUAACAAAGUCGAAAGAACUCGAUGGUUACGUCGGCUUUGCCAAUUUACCUAACCAAGUCUAUAGGAAGGCCGUUAAAAAGGGAUUUGACUUUACCAUCAUGGUUGUUGGUCGAUCCGGACUAGGAAAAUCAACUUUUAUAAACUCCAUGUUUUUGGCCGAUAUAUACAGCGCGGAAUAUCCAGGACCUAGUCUCAGGGUAAAGAAAACAGUAGCCGUGGAAACGACCAAGGUGUUGCUGAAAGAAAAUGGGGUAAAUCUUACACUGACAGUGGUCGAUACGCCUGGAUUUGGCGAUGCGAUCGACAAUAGUAAUUGCUGGGUUCCAGUUAUAGAAUACAUUGAGUCGAAAUACGAGGAGUUCCUGAAUGCCGAGUCUCGCGUAACGAGACGGCAAAUACCCGACAGUCGAGUACACUGUUGUCUUUAUUUCAUCGCGCCCUCGGGUCACGACCUGACGCCGCUCGAUGUAGAGUUCAUGCAGCGCCUUCACGACAAAGUCAAUAUAAUACCUGUUAUUGCGAAGGCCGAUACGAUGACUCCUGAUGAGCGUGCUUAUUUUAAAAAAAAAAUAUUAAAUGAAAUCGCACAACACAAAAUCAAAAUCUAUGAAUUCCCAGAAGAAGAAUACGAAGAGGAUAGUAAGUUCGAUAAAGUUUUAAGGGAUAGAGUUCCCUUCGCCGUUGUUGGGGCGAAUACUGUAGUCGAACACGAUGGAAAGAAAGUACGUGGAAGAAAUUAUCCAUGGGGUAUUGCUGAAGUUGAGAAUCUAGAUCAUUGCGACUUCAUAGCCUUGCGAGAUAUGAUCAUUCGAACGCAUCUACAAGAUUUACAAGAUGUUACGAAUAAUAUACAUUAUGAGAACUUCCGGUGUCGGACUUUGGCUGGCCUUGGUGUAGAUGGAAAACCGACAAAAAUUUCUAAUAAUUUGUGCCCACCAGGAGUGAUGAACAGUUUCAUGACAGUGUGGAAUCCUUUGGCUCAAUUGGAGGAAGAGAAAAGGGAACACGAUAAUAAAAUGAAGAAGAUGGAAAUUGAAAUGGAACAAGUAUUUGAAAUGAAAGUUCGUGAAAAGAAACAGAAACUUAAAGAUUCAGAGGCCGAUUUACAGAGACGGCAUGAACAAAUGCGACGCUCUUUAGAACAACAAGUUCGCGAAUUAGAAGAGAAAAGACGUGCAUUCGAAGCAGAAAAAUUAGCGUGGGAACAACAAACCGGUCACAGUAUUGAAGAAUUACGUAGGCGCAGUUUAGAAGCCAACUCGAAAGACAGAUUUUUCCGAUUUUACAAAAGGACGGGAUCGGUGUCGUCCGAGGGAUCUGGAGGUGGAGGGGGUACGUUGAGGGGUUCCCGAGGGAUAGGAAGUCUUCUUCGCCGUCAUACCAGUUUCAAAUCACCUCAAGAGAGCCCCACACAGCUUGUCAUACAGCAUCCUGAUUAAACAAAAAAAAAAAAUAAUAACAAAAAAAAUAUAUCAAUUAGUUAGAUAUCCAUCCCUAAUGAUGCGGACGAACUAAGCUAAAUUAAAUCAGACUAUGAAUAUCUUUUAUGUCAUUCAUUUUAAUUUUACAUACCUGACACAUAUCAUUUAACACAUUCACUAUGACAAUGAAUAUAUAUAUAUAUAUAUAUAUGUAUGUAUAUGUAUGUAUGUAUUCAACAAAAAAGUUUAUAUCAAACACAAUUUAAAAGUCAGAUGUAUGUGCCAGGUUAUAUCUUAUAUCACUUUAUUUCUUUUUGCACUAUUUCAUAUGUAAAUAUAAAAUUAAAUAUCACAAUAUAUAUAUAUAUAUAUAUAUAUAUAUAUAUAUAUUUAUAUUGUUCUUUUUUUCGUUUGAAAUAACAGUUAGAAUUGCCUUAAAAUGAAAAUUGUUAUAAAAAUUUUAUUAAGUCAACUAUUCAAUUAACAGAACUUACUGAGAAACAGACUGAUAAAUAACUGAACGUUAUUUAGUGCUCAUUUUAGUUUUAGUUGCAAGAGAGGGCAUAGCUGCAUAAUCUCAUUGUACUGCGUUAAAUGUUACAUGGUUGCUAUAUAUCAUACACACUUAUAAAAAUGUUAUUCUCCCUUGCAAAAAAAAAGUUAUCGUCGUGUUUGAAAAAGAUUAUUAUACCAAGAAAAUUUCAUUGAGAACACUUACAUUAAUUGUAUGAAUUAUCAUGUUUAUUAGAUGUAAGAAUAUAACUGUGUAUUUUUGGCACAAUAUUUGAUACACAAGAAAUGUAUAAGAGAGCUUUGUACUUCCAGUAAUAUUCAUUUUCUACUUAAAAAAAAAAGAAAAAAAAAAACACAUUUUUUUGUUCGUAGAUAAUUUUUCAUAUAAUUCAUAAAAUAACAAAGAGUUGUAAACUCUGAGCAAGCUGUCCCUUUCGUGCAUCAGAAAGUAUUUUUUCAUUGGAUUAUACUUCGAAAUUUUUUUUUUAAAUGCUUAUUAUAUUAUAAAGCAAUUUUUUAUUGUCUGAGAGACAGCUUGGCAGAGGUGAAUACACACUACAAAUAAUUACUCAAAAAAUGAUAAAAUACAUUGUUAAUUUCACCGUUAAAAACUUGUUUCGCAAAUAAAAGUAAUGCUUUCUUAAGA